ACAAAUUUUGUUUAUUCUUUGUUGCGGCUAUUUGCACGAAAACUGUGAAAACUUGUGUUAUAAAAUAUAAUAAUAAGAAAGCAAAUAUGGAUGCAGAGACUUCACGUAAAACUUGGGAGCUGGAAAAUAAUAUAAAAACUUUGCCGGCAUGUGAUGAAAUUUUUCGUUAUGAUGCUGAACAGCAACGACAAAUUCUAGAUGCGAAACCAUGGGAAAAGGAUCCACAUUAUUUUAAGGACAUAAAGAUUUCGGCUUUAUCCUUGCUAAAGAUGGUAAUGCAUGCCCGUUCAGGUGGUACACUAGAGAUUAUGGGUCUGCUUCUUGGUAAAGUUGAGGAUAAUACAAUGAUUGUCAUGGAUGCUUUUGCCUUGCCAGUUGAAGGCACUGAGACUCGUGUUAAUGCCCAAUCUCAGGCUUAUGAGUAUAUGUCUGCUUAUAUUGUUGCAGCCAAAGAAGUAGGUCGAUUGGAAAAUGCAAUUGGGUGGUAUCAUAGUCAUCCCGGAUAUGGAUGUUGGUUAUCUGGAAUUGAUGUAUCAACACAAAUGCUUAAUCAGAACUAUCAAGAACCAUUUGUUGCCAUUGUAGUAGAUCCAGUACGCACAGUGUCGGCAGGCAAAGUUUGCUUGGGAGCGUUUCGUACGUAUCCAAAGGGGUAUAAGCCACCGAAUGAAGAACCUUCUGAAUAUCAGACCAUACCUUUAAAUAAGAUUGAUGAUUUCGGCGUACAUUGUAAACAAUAUUAUCCACUUGAAGUGACUUAUUUCAAGUCCGCUUUAGAUAGAAAGCUAUUAGAUUCGUUAUGGAACAAAUAUUGGGUGAACACAUUGGGUAGUUCGGGCUUACUUACCAAUACUGAUUAUACAACUGGACAAAUUUUCGAUUUGUCAGAGAAGCUUGAACAGAGCGAAUCGAGUUUGGUGCGUGGACCAUUUGUAGUUACAGGCGCUGAAGGUAGCGAAAAGCGUACGGAGGAUAAACUAUCGAAGGCCACACGUGAUUGCAGUCGCGCAUCUAUAGAGCUAAUUCAUGGUUUAAUGGCACAAAUUGCUAAGGACAAAUUGUUUAACAAAGUUGGACUUGGGAAAUAAGUUUGAGGAACCAUUAAUGAAUAAUUUAUUAACUGCAAUUUUCAAUCUACAAUAACAAAAUAAAUGGAAUGAAAUAAAUAAUUUU